UGCUUAAAACAUUUUAUAGUCAUGAAGAUUAGAGACUGGGGAGGACUAAUCAGCACCAUUUUCAACUGGCCCUGGUGGAGAGCUAUGUGGCAUGUGGCGAAUAAAGAUUUCUAAAACUAAAUAUUAUAUAAAAACAGGAUAUUGCUUUGCAUCCUGUUUUCUUUCAGUGGGGCGUGGUACAGAGGCCGGGGUCACAGCGAUCUGGUCGUAUUAUUAACGGGGUUGUAGCCUAAAGGGGCAAUUAAGCAAGGAAGUAACUGAGCUUUUCUUCAGCAGAAAUCGAAGUGGCCCACAGUAUUUAACGGGUUGGUCGUAUUGACAAGGCAGUCGUAAGGCGGAGUUAUCCCCCGUUCAACAUUCCCGCCUAUUUUAAACGGCAGGAUUGUCUUGGUCGGAUAAAUGGGGUUCAGUUACGAUUUAACAGGAACACGCCUACACAUAGGGUUUGUCUUGGUCCUGUGUCAAAUAAAUAAAUAACUAUGAAUUACUAUAUUUAGAGAGGAAGCCACAUCAGCCUUAACAGCUGGUUUUCAUCCUCGAUCGAUAUAUCUAGGCUCGAUUUCCGCCGCUUUCUCGAGUCCGGUCUACGUAGGAGUUCGGAGGAGGAGCGCGGGCUCCUUUCCCGAACAGCGGCUGGUAAUCGAGCCUAGAUAUAUGUGGAUAACUGAUUGUUAAACUGCUGAGAUAAGCGAAAGUCACAGAGUCGAAUUGAAGAAAAAAAAAAGAAAUUAAAAAAUUGCGGCCCUCACUAGAUUUUUCUUGAUUAUUGGCAGGAUUUUCCCUGCUUGCGGGCGAGUUUAAUGUCCGUACGCGCGCACAGACGACACUCGUGAUCACGGUACUCCCUCUGGGCCGGGUUACCGUAACACUUGUAUCCCAAACGAGCAUGAAGACAUAAUAAAUAACAAGCGGAAAAGAACAAAGAUAAAAGUACGUAGUUUUAAUUGAUUAGCCAUUGAAGAUGCCAUUAUGAGUUUUCGACGUUAAACAGAAGCGCCGGUCAAGGAUUAUCAACUAUCUCUUCAUAACCUCUCAGAUUCCUUUUAGUGAGCAACAAGUACUAAACUCCUUCACUUAAUGGCUGCUGCAUUUGCUCCGCGAUUUUUCCUUGUGCUUUCCCUCUUCUACGUUUUGAUCGACGUUGCUAUUUCCCGCUCUAGAAUUGACGCUUUCGAGACAGAUAGAAAACCACACAACUCGUCACAAAACGUUUCAACGUCUCCAACUAUGAAAUCGUCACCAGACUACAUGCUACGACUACUUCACAGAGUAACGGCGAACCCAGAUGCGGAUCAGGUCCAAACUGGGGCAGUGCGGGGAAAUCUUGUUUACGGCAUCACUGAGAACGGUGGUCUUAGUGACCGGAACUUUAAAUUCAACGUUACGAUCAAGAAAACGAAAGUCCUGAGGUUCGCUGAACUUGAGCUCUACAAACUGCCUUCCACGCUUGACGAAAAUGCAAACUCGACGGUGAACAUUCAAAUCGAAGACAUUUACAGCGGCAAACGGGUGUCAUCUCAGCCUGUAUCCAUGGAAACCACCGGCUGGAUAAGUUUCACGAUUCCACUGGAUAUCAUUCGCCAUUGGGACCGCAAUCCAGCAAGCAACGCGGGCCUUGCUGUUCACAUCAACGAGUCAAACAUGGCGCCCGCGAUCCGAUUUGCAACGAGGCAAACAGACCCGAGUUUGCAACUUCUGCUGCUCCUCCACUGCAGUGACACGGAAAAUAGAUUUCUUGAAGUGUUAAAUGUCUCAUUCCAGGCAACUUUGCAACAGCGCCACCCCAGAUCUGUCCUUGCCAGCCACACAGGCCCUUGCCGACGGCUUGACCAGAUCAUCCACUUUAAAGACCUUGGAUGGGAUGACUGGGUCAUAGCUCCCAGGAUGUUCUCAGCCUACCACUGCGCAGGCGCGUGCCAAAUUCCUGACGUUAACAAAAUGAAGACAAACCACGCCCGGCUGCAGUUGUUCCUCAGUCAGCAGGACUCGGAUCUGGCGGCUGCACCUUGCUGUGUCCCGGAUAAGCUAGGCUCCAUUUCCAUGUUGUACCAUGGUGGUCCAGGGGAAAGCACCUAUGUUCUCAAGCAGAUGAACGACUUCGUAGUGAAGUCCUGUGGCUGCCAUUAGAAAUGGAAAGGCAACAGGACAACCAAGCAGAUCCUUGGUGGAUGAUUGGCCACCUAUUGCAUCAACUAGGUGUUUAUAGUUUAAACUUAUAAUUUAGGUUGAACAGUUCAAAGUAAUUCAAAAUUCAUCAAUCAGGUUAAUAUGCUCAGCGUAAUAGUUGGGGUUCAAUUUUACUCUUUGGAAAAUUUGACAAUUUCCUUUAUUAUGCUGCACGGGACGGGUCGGUUAAUGUGAAUGAAACAAAGAAAAACCCAAAUUGUAUACCAGGGGUAAUAUUGAACUACAACAUAGUUGUAAGGUGUAAUGAAUGUAUUAAAUAACAUGCCCAAAGAACAGCUGUCGCAAUAUCUAUGGAAGUUUAUUCUCUAAUCUUCUAAUACCACGCAGCCGAAGAUUUAACAUUUUUCUGGAAUGGCAUACUUCAGACAAAUUCAACAACUUGGUAACCUUUCUCGAUGACUUUAGAUGUUUUUCCCAGAAAUUCAAUUCGUUUAAUUUCCCUUCCUCUAGGCUUAAGCACUAAAAGGGUCUUCCCAAACAUGCUAGAAGGAGGGAUUUGGCCCUAGAUCGAAAAGACAUCGAGCAAUCCAAUGGUAGAAAUGAGAAUUUAUGAUUAAUAGGAGCGGUGACCCGCUUAAAAAUACAAUCUGUAAGUUCUUCAAUAAAGAGUUAUCUGAAAAAAUUAAAGCAAUUCAAACAGCCGUCUAUUUCGUUAAAAAACCAAUCAAUGCCAAUGAUUACCUUUCUAUUGGCAAAAUUGGUUUACAUGAGAGAUUCUUCUCUUUCGGUUAUAACAUUACAUAACUAAUCUUAACGGUACCUUGAAAAGAAAUCUCCUUGAUAAAUAGUUAGAUUCAAGUCGAGCGAAAAUAUCAAAUUAAAUAGGCCAUAUUCGUUUUCUCGGUAUUGGACUGGAACUAGCUUGCAAGUGAGGCUAUUGCGGGGGAGUCUUUUCAGAUGCAAAUGAGAUUAUUCUAUGUUUAAUUAUAUUCCCCCGCAUGAGCCCCUAUUGCAAGCUAGUUCCAGUCCAAUACCGAGAAUACCAAUAUGGCCUAUUGACAGUAUCAAGGUUGCACUGAGAAAACUUGAAAAGGGAAGAGUUCUUACAAUCAGGGGGAGGGAGUGGUCCUUUCAGGUUUUUCUGAUUCCUGGGAAGGAUUUUGUUCUCUUAAAUUCAUCCCUCGCGAAAGUUUAGAUGUGUCAAUAGGCCACUUCUGAGUUGCCUUUUGCCUGUGUCAAAACGAGUCUUCACGCGAAACCAUUCAUAUGAAAAUGUGUUCCACCUGCAGGGUCAUUUUCAUGCAAAUCAAACUCAUUUUCAUAUGAAACGUUUGGCUCGAGGACUCUUCUUGUAGUUGAAACAGAGGCACAAGGUAACUCGGAAAUGCUCUAUUGUUUCUCCACAUCAUUUCCAUUGCCAUAGUAACCGCAUUUUGACAAGCGAGCCGAGCCAAUUUUUUUUUUUUUGACAGGACGUUCGCCUGCUUUUUUUAGUUUCCUUGAGCUUUUCACGGUCAUUAUACUAUUUUGAAUGAAUGGGGAAGUUCAAGAUGGCGGACUAUAAAAAUGACGCGAAGUCAUAAGAGGCUGAGAGUUAUCUAUUAAAUUCAGAAUAAUCUCGAUGUCUUAUUGCAAACCAAGCCUAGGGAAGAAUUUGAAGUGUUUAGUGCGGUACACUUCAA